AUGGCGUCAAGGUUACUGCGGUUAUGCGGCGGCCUUCGGGGGCUGAGGGCGGGCCGGGGUUCGCUCGGCCCGCUGCGGCUGUCGGGGGCCUCCCGCUCUAUGGCCGGCGGAGGUAUCCCUACUGAUGAAGAACAGGCUACAGGACUGGAAAGAAAAAUCAUGAAAGCUUUGGAGAAAGGGCUGGACCCAUGGAGCACUCUUCCACCUAAACGCCGUGCUGGGACUAAGGAAGAUCCCAACAUAGUCCCUUCCAUCAAUGAGAAGCGGAUUGUGGGCUGCAUCUGCGAAGAGGACAACAGCACUGUGAUCUGGUUCUGGCUGCACAAGGGAGAAGCCCAACGCUGCCCUUCUUGUGGGGCUCAUUAUAAACUGGUUCCACAUGAGGUGCCAUGAUUUGACUAAAGCAUGUAGUGUGCUUUAUUUAUGGUUGGUUAGACUCAAGGUGGAACUGACCGGUCCUCUAGUUUGUGAAGGAGUGUACCGUGUUCUAUAUACCUAAUAAAGUCAUCUUUUGACUC